AAAUGAGGCAGCCGGGACCGGCGCUAAGCUGACUCCAGCAAGAGCAAGCUCUGUGGCCAGGCACUGGAAAAGCAGUCGGGAAAGAAACAUAGGAAGCAUCUGAUCUUGCUGCCUGUUCACCAGGUUUCCAGAGGCACAAGUACCAGAAAACACCUUAAGAAUGACAAGAAAGAUCUUCACCAACACCAGGGAGAGGUGGAGGCAGCAAAAUGUCAACAGCGCCUUUGCCAAGCUGAGGAAACUCAUUCCCACUCACCCACCAGACAAAAAACUGAGCAAGAACGAGACACUCCGGUUGGCCAUGAGAUACAUCAACUUCCUUGUCAAGGUCCUGGGAGAGCCAGGCCUCCAGCAGACAGCAGUGGCACCUCGGGGCAGCAUCCUGGGGUUCUUCCAGCAAGCCCCACACUUGCAGAGCAUGGAAGAGCUGACACUGAUUGAAAACUGUGGUGUCUCCUGUCCCAGCAUGAGCAGCAAUAUAGCAGAGUGUUGGUCAGAGUCAUCAUCCCCUAGCAGACAGUGAGAUGUGCAGUCUUGGUGUUAGUGUGAUAGUCCCUCUCUCCUGGCAGAAUCUGUGGGUUGCUCCUCUGUGUAUUGUGAUUAUUUAUUUAUAUUUAUCGCUAUUUUAUUUGCAUUUUUAUUUAAUAGGAUAGGAAGUCCUUGGUCGUGCAAAAAACCUGGAAGUCCAGACGGAGAACUUGUGAUCUCUGGGAGCUUGGAAGGACAUACUGCUGUCAUGGCAGAGUCCAAGCCAAAAGAGUCUUCUGCCUGGAUCUCCUCCAUAAAUCAGGGCAUAGAAAUUCAUUCAGUGUUUCUGACAGGGAAAGAGAUUAUUCUCCCAUGCUAUUUCAAGGAAACAUUAUUGAGAUGAAGAAUUAUGACAGCACCACAAAAUUUGUCCACAACAGACAUCUGGCCUCAGAAGUAAAAGAUUUUGAGAGAUGUGAUAUUUGACAGAGUCCUCUACCAGUUGUUCUACGGGCUAAUUGCACUCACUCUUGAACUUAUGAAUCUUAUUUCUAGCUUGAGUCUUUUGUUUAAAAAGUCCUAGCCCUUGAACCUGGCUGCAUCUUUCUUCAUCAGACUGGACAGAUCCCUUGUGUCAGAGGAAAGCACAUUAAAUAAAAUUAAAUGUUAGGUUAAAGCAAAAAGUGCCAAUUUAAAGUGACAAAAUACAUUGUCAUAGAUGAGUUUCAGUGGGUUCAAUAGGCAAAGUAAAUCUCCUCCAUAGCAGUGACAGUGUGAAUGCGAAGGAAGAUGGUCAGCUAUGCCCCAGCUACCUUAAAAGCCCAUCAAAGAGGUUGGUGGCUCAAUGCCUUUGUUCUUCUGUAGGAGCUGUAGCAAUGCUUUGGGAGGGAGGUGCUGCUUUGGGAGGGAGGUCCCAGGACAAAGGCCUCAGUGAUACGCUGUGAAAACCUUUGUGGACAAGCCUAUGUCCAUGGUUAUGCCUGCCAUACCUUGCUGACUGCCCUUAAACUCCCUGAUUUCACCUGCUCUAGCUGAGGCUCUCCCACCUGGAUACUAUUCCCAAAUGGCCCAACAGAGCAACCACAAAGAAACUGGUGUAAAUAUCUUCCAUUUGUGAGUUAUUUCCCUGUAGGAAAAACACCAACCACCAUGCUGUAGGUGUUUAGCUGACAAGCGGGAUGAAAAGAGGCUUCAUGAAAGUGGCCACUGUGGGUUAUUGUUGCCCACAAAGAAAUCAAUUUUAAUUUCCUGCCUGAGUUACAACCUGUGCCUGCCAAGGCCUGGUCUGCUCCUGUGAGUUACGAGCAGCCUAGAGGAGCAGAGAAAAUGUCACCAGCUUUAAGUAGAAUGGCUUUCUGGUGAGAUCCUGCUCCCACUGACACAAGUCCCUCUUGAUUUCCAUGUGGACCAAGGUACAUGUCAAGGCUUAGAAAAGACAGUUGUUUACAACUGGUGAAGAAAUGUAGCUCCCUUAGGGCAAGGCAUGUCCCUGGGCUGUUUCUGUUUGUUCAUGAGACAAAGAGGUGCUUUCAGAAAGCAGAACUAGGGUUUGUGCAUGCAACAUGUACGGUCCUUCUGCAUGAGGGGAUUUGGCACCUGAAGCUGAGCUGCACCAAAGAAGCCAGGGCUGGCUCCUGCUAUGGGAAUGUCAAGCUGUCCUCAGCACUGACAAAUGCCAAGGUCUGACAAGAACACAGCUCACCCCAUCCAGCACUGGUGCUGUAAGGUACAGGCAUGCCAGUGGAUAGAUUCUGGCCAAAAGAAGGAAAGAAAAGAAGCGGAAAGGGUUCAUGUUGAUUUGAUUUAGUUUCUGAACACUGCUAAUAGUCAGUUUGCUAAUCCCUGGGUUUGUCAGCUGUCAGGACUGCCCGGGGGAGCAGCUGAGUGGAAAGGCACUGAGAGCCCUUCCCAUGGUUCGCUUCUCCCGACCUCGGCCCACCUUAAUGUGACUAAAUGGAGCCACAGCCUCUUCUGCACAGCACCUCAAAUGUAAUGAGCCACGUCCUCCUCCCAGCUUUCCGCUGGCUUGCUGGAGUUGCAGCAGGACAGAUUAGCCUAAGUAAAUCAGAGCACUUACUGCUGAGGCGUGGUGGUGCUAUUGGGUCUAUCAGUCCUUGCUAUCCUAGGAAACACACAUCACCAAGGCAAGGAAAAACAUCUUGUGAGCAGCUGUCGUACUGGGAAGGGGAAAGAAAACCUGGCAAUUUUGUAACAUAACAUGCUUGUUGUAUUUUCUAUGCUAAAAAACUUCCCUUCUUGUUACUGCUUUGGUUCAUAUCACCGCUUUCUUUGAUCUCCUUUCAGUACAGGGGCUCCCUACUGUCACAUUCAGCAAGUAUUUCACUAGAUCUCUCUACCAAAGAUUUCUUUUUUUUGGUCAAGUUUCUUCUUUGUGUUUUGGGGAUUUCUUAUCUAUGUGAUCAUGAACAAAUACGGUGCAACUGAUAACACUGUGCUAUAUGAUGUUAUUUAACACCUAAUAUAUUCCAAAUAAAUUAUUUAAGAAACUAA